AUGCUUUAUUUAGUAUUAAUAAUAUCCUUCUCAUCUAUCUAUCAUAUCAACGCGGCCCCUCCUUUUGGGCAAUUAUCUGUGAAAGGCAACAAGUUAUUGGGCAGUAAUGGCCAACCAGCUCAACUUGCUGGAAUGUCACUCUUCUGGUCUAACUGUGAUGAAGGCAAAAUUUUCUACAACGAAGAAACUUUGCGUCAACUCAAAUGCGCGUGGAAUGCUAACGCUGUCAGAGCGGCAAUGGGUGUAGAAUCUACUGGGUGUCAAAAACCGGGUUAUCUGGAUCUUCCAAAUGUUGAGCGUGAUAAGGUUGAGGCUGUUGUUCAGGCUGCUAUUAAAUUGGAUAUGUAUGCUGUUGUUGACUAUCACACUGAGAAAGCGCAGGACUCUUUAGAUAAAGCUAAAGAAUUCUUCACUUAUUUUGCUUCUAAAUAUGGAAAUUACUCAAACAUCAUCUAUGAACCAUUCAAUGAACCUACAUGUGACUGGAAAACUGCUAAGGCAUAUCACGAGCAGAUUGUAGCAACAAUUCGACAAUAUGAUAAGAAUAAUAUGAUAACUCUUGGCACAUCUACAUGGUCACAAGAUGUUGAUAUUGCUUCUAGAGACCCUGUAAAUGGGGCAAAUCUGUGCUACACUUUGCACGUCUAUGCAGCUACUCAUAAACAAAAUAUACGGGAUAAAGCUCAAACUGCUCUAGAUAAUAAUGUUUGCAUUUUUGUAUCCGAAUAUGGUACUGUUGGAGCAACUGGUGGUGGAGGUAUGGAUACUGCAUCUAUGAAUGAGUGGUGGACUUUCUGGGAUAAAAACAAAAUUUCAUAUCUAAACUGGGCAAUUAGUAAUAAGGGAGAAGGAUCUGCAGCUCUUAAUCCAAAUACUGUUGCAUCGGAUGUAGGCAAUCCUGAUCAUUGGUCAGCAGAUGGAAAAUUUGUUCAGUCUCAUCUUAAAAACAUGGAUAACGGGGUCAGCUGUGAUGGAAACAAAGGAAAAUAUCCUUCAGGAGAUAAUGUAAUCACAACAACAAAAUCGCCCUCAAAAAAUAAAUACCCUUCAGGAGAUGAUAUACCAUCAACUAAAUCACCUAACAACGAUAACUACCCUUCAGGAAAUAAUAUAAUUUUAACAACAAAAUCGCCUUCAACUGGAAAUAACAACAAUGGAAAAUAUCCUUCAGCACCUUCAAAUAAUAACAGCAACGGGAAAUAUCCUUCAGGAGACCAAGUAAUUACAACAAAAUCGCCCAAGAAUAACAAAGGAAAAAAUACCUCAGCACCCUCUAAUAAUAACAACAACGGAAAGUAUCCUUCAGGAGAAAAUGUUAUAUUAACAACAAAAUCGCCUUCAAAUAAUAACAAAUAUCCUUCAGGCCCCUCAAAUAAUAACAAUAAAUACCCUUCAGGAGACCAAGUAACUACAACACAAUCGCCUUUAAACAAUAACAAUGGAAACUCAAGUAAUGAUAGUGAUGGUCAAUAUUCCAUUAGCUUAACAGUUGAAGAUAAUGGCAGCUGGGUUAGCGGGGCGAACUUCAGACUGGUCUUUAAAAAUAAUGGAAAUGUUAAAGCAUGUGCAUUAAAAUUCGAUUUGAUUCUUAAUUCUGGGCAAACUAUCCAAUCAAUAUGGAAUGUGCAAAAAAUAUCAGGAGAUACUUAUGUUCUUCCAGACUAUGUAAUAAUUCAAGGAGGUAACAGCUUUACCGAGGCUGGACUUGUUGUCAGUGGUCCAGCAACACUUCCUCAAAUUAAAGUUCUAGGGCAGGGUGAAUGCAAAUAUUGA